AACAUGUCCUAAUAACCAAUUUGAAAAACAGAACCCCCCAGAUUCUUAUAGUUCGAUUAUCUCAUGGAUCCAUGAUCCGAGGUAGAGAACUUAACAAUGUCUUGCUUCAGAUUCUUCCUUACCUUUUUUGUACUCUCCCUGCUCAGCCUUACCACUGAAGCUCAGAACAACCCAAAUUACCUCUACCAUAUCUGCGACAACACCACGUUCAUCAGGAACAGAACUUACCAAACCAAUCUUAACCGCCUCCUCUCUGCCUUCCCCAACGCCACCGCCAUCAAUGGGUUCUAUAAUACCACCUCUGGGGAAGAACCCAACAGGAUCUACGGCUUCUUCCUCUGCCGCGGCGACGUUUUAACCACUACGUGUCGAAAUUGUGUAACGUUUGCCACCGGAGAUGUGAUUCAGAAGUGCCCUGUUGAGAAAGAGGCCGUGAUUUGGUACGAUGAGUGCCUCCUCCGCUACUCCAACAAAUCGAUCUUCUCCACUCUGAGUGAAAUGGAAACAAAGUACUUAGUCGGUGUUCAGACGGACACGGAUCCGAUCCAAUUCAACGAGGUACAGAAGGUGGCCAUGAACGAUGCGGUGGCUCAGGCUGUGUCAGUGGCUAAAAGGUUUGCCACAAAGGAGGCUAAUAUUUCUAGGUUUCGGACCCUGUACGGUCUGGUCCAGUGCACACCAGACCUGUCAAGUAAGGACUGUGAUCGGUGUCUCCGAGUAGCCAUAGGAGAGCUCCCUAAAUGUUGUUUUGGACGAAACGGCGGCAGAGUAUUGAACCCUAGUUGUUUUUUUAGGUUUGAAAUUUACCCUUUCUACAACGGAGCUUCGGCGCCACCGCCAACGACUGUUACCACUUCGCCUGAUUCAAUGGUCAACCCCAACGGAAGUAAACCAAGAUGGAUUCCAAUAGCUGCAAGUCUGUCGGCAGUUCUUGGAUUAGCUCUCCUGAGUUCUUUUGCUUUCGUCAUCUGGAGAAUGAGAAAGUCUCAAGAAGAUAAAGAAAAUAGCCGAAAGGUUCAACUACUUGACUUGGGAGGAGGAAAUUUUGUGAAUGAAUACUCAAAUGAAAAUUUUCAUGGUGAAAGGGUGGGAGGAUCCCAGGAAUUUCCUUCCAUUCAGUUAGAUAUUAUACAUGCAGCAACCAAACAUUUCUGUGAUGAAAAUAGACUUGGAGAGGGUGGAUUUGGCCCUGUAUAUAAGGGUACACUAACAGAUGGUAAAGAAAUUGCAGAAUCUUGUAAGACUCCUGGGAUGCUGCAUGGAGGAUAACGAAACCUUGUUGGUUUAUGAAUACAUGCCCAACAGGAGU